UUUUUCCUGCUCGCGGUCAAACGUAACGGAAACACUUCCUGAACCGCCUGGUGUUACCUCUCCUGUCGUCCGGACUGAGCCGCCUGUCUGCCGCUGCUCGGGCUCAGAGACUCGGGGGAUGCUGCCGCAGAGAUGGAGUUGAAUCACAAAAACAACAAAGUGUCGGACGGAGUUUGAGACAAAGGGAGGGGGUUAGCGUUUGUUCGUUCUGCUGAACUGGUCGCUGGAUGGAUUUUGUUUGAAUAUAAGACAGGAGGGGAAAAAAUAGAAAAAUGAAGCUGCUGAAGCCGAGCUGGGUGAGCCACAACGGCAAACCCAUAUUUUCAGUUGACAUCCACCCUGAUGGGACAAAAUUUGCAACUGGUGGGCAAGGAGAGGAUUCUGGCAAGGUGAUGAUCUGGAACAUGGCCCCAGUCCUCAGGGAGGAUGACGAGAAGAAUGAGAAUAUUCCCAAAAUGCUGUGCCAGAUGGACAAUCACCUAGCCUGUGUGAACUGUGUGCGCUGGUCCAACAACGGGCUGUACCUGGCAUCAGGAGGAGACGACAAGCUGGUCAUGGUGUGGAAGAGAGCUGCAUUCAUCGGUCCGAGCACAGUGUUUGGGUCGAGCAGUAAGCUGGCCAACGUGGAGCAGUGGAGGUGUGUUACCAUCCUGAGGAACCACACUGGAGAUGUGAUGGACGUGGCUUGGUCUCCACAUGACGUGUGGCUGGCCUCCUGCAGCGUGGACAACACCAUUGUCAUCUGGAACGCUCGCAAAUUUCCAGAGAUGGUGACAUGGCUGCGAGGACACACUGGGUUGGUUAAAGGUCUGACGUGGGAUCCGGUGGGGAAAUACAUCGCCUCCCAGGCCGACGACCACAGCCUUCGAGUGUGGAGGACAGUGGACUGGCAGAUGGAGGCCAACAUCACCAAACCCUUCAGCGAGUGCGGCGGGACGACCCACGUCCUGCGUCUCUCCUGGUCUCCAGACGGCCAGUACCUGGUAUCGGCUCACGCCAUGAACAACUCCGGUCCCACCGCACAGAUCGUGGAGAGAGACGGCUGGAAGACUAAUAUGGACUUUGUGGGCCACCGUAAAGCUGUCACUGUGGUUAAAUUCAACCCAAAGAUUUUUAAGAAGAAACAGAAGAACGGCAGCGCUCCAAAACCCGGCUGUCCGUAUUGCUGCUGCGCAGUCGGCAGCAAAGACCGAUCGCUCUCCGUCUGGCUGACCUCUCUGAAGCGCCCCCUGGUGGUCAUCCACGAUCUGUUUGAUAAAUCGAUAAUGGACAUUUCCUGGACUCUGACAGGUCUGGGAAUGUUAGUGUGUUCGAUGGACGGCACUGUGGCCUACCUGGACUUCUCACUGGAUGAACUGGGAGACCCACUGAACGAGGAGGAGAAGAACAGUAUCCAUCAGAACAUUUACGGUAAGAGUCUGGCUAUAACCAGCACCGAGGCUCAGCUUUCCACCACCAUCAUCGAGAACCCCGAGAUGCUCAAAUACCAGCAGGAGCGUCAGAACUCGGCCCAGGCCAACUCGGGACCAGGAAGCGCCGGGCCCGAAUCCUCAGCCCCCAAACUCAACAGUGUGAUGAACGGAGAGUCUCUGGAGGACAUCAGGAAGAACCUUCUGAAGAAGCAGGUGGAGACGAGAACCGCAGACGGCAGAAGACGAAUCACACCGCUCUGCAUCGCUCAGCUGGACACGGGGGAUUUCUCGCCGGCUCUGUUCAACAGCGCUCCCAUCCUGCCCUCGGGCUCCUCCAUGUCCAACCAGCUCACCCCCCAGCUCAGCUCCGACUCCAGCCCAGGACAGGCCUCUUCUCUGGGGCUUAGGCCCAGCCACGACCCCAUGCUCACCUCGCCUCCACCCAACAGCACCGCCAAGGGGCUCGAAGACAACAAGGAUGGUUUGAAGACAAGCCUUCUGCUCACUUCUGCAUCCAAGAUCGAGCCAAUGAAAGCUUUGGACUCCAGGUUCACGGAGCGGUCAAAGGCCACGCCGGGGGUCACAGCCGCCAUCUCCUCCAUUGCUGGACUCACGCCUCUAGACAGCAGGCCAAAAGACGGCAUCUCCGCCCUGAAAGACAUAAAAACAAAAGAUGACACCAGCAGCGACAGCGAGGACAAGAUGGCCUCCAUCAACAAGAACUUGUCGUUCAGCAAGAGGAAACCUGAGAUGCUGAUGGAUGGAGGAGAGGUGGUGGAGAAGAGGAAAAAGGGACGGCCCAGGAAAGACAAGAUGGCUGCACCCAUCGCCCAGCCCUUCACGCAGAUAAUUCCUCCAGCAGAGCGGGAGCCCAGCAGGGUGGCAGCUCCUCCAGCUGCUCUCAAACUACCAACGCCCAGUAUAAAGAAGGCCUUCAGUCUGCAGGUGAGCAUGGAGCCGUCAGUGUUCCUGGAGGUGGAGAACGAGGUGUCGUUGGUUGCGGGUUCAAAGCUCAGCCAGCUGCGAUGCUCCAGAGACGGACGAGACUGGAACACACUGCUGCCCAGCUCCGUGGUCACUGCUGCAGGGAGCAGUGACGUCAUCGCCGUCGCCUGUCAGGACAGGAUGUUGUCCGUGUUCUCUUCCUGUGGGCGGCGGCUCCUUCCUGCCAUCCAGCUGCCCACGCCUGUGUCAGCUCUGCACUGCACCGCCCACUUCGUCAUGGCUCUGACAGCUGGAGCGACGCUGUCUGUCUGGGACGUUCAGAAACAAAAGGCUUUGGUGAAGAACGAGUCCCUGCUGACUAUUUUAUCUGGUGCAGACACCACAGUGUCUCAGUCUCUGCUGACCCAGCAGGGAGUUCCAGUCAUUGGACUGUCCAACGGGAAGUCCUACUGCUUCAGCUCCUCACUGGAGACAUGGACUCUGAUAGCAGAUAAAGGAGACUCUCUGGUCCAGUGUGCUGACUUUAGAAGCUGCCUGCCUACCCAAGAUGCACUUGUGUCCCCAGGGCCGCUGGCUGUCAUGCAGGGCCGCAACCUUAAUGCUGGUCGGCUGGCGUCCCGCCUCUCCUCCACCCCUCACCACCUGCAGCAGAGCAUGACCAUGGCCUUCCUGGAGAAUCAGCUGGCGUCUGCUCUGACUCUGCAGUCAGCGCAGGAGUAUCGUUACUGGCUGCUCAUCUACGCCCGCUUCCUCGUCAACGAAGGCUCGGAGUAUCGUCUCCGAGAACUCUGUAAGGAACUGCUGGGUCCCGUCCACAAAUCAGCGGCCACAGCCUGGGAGCCCACCACUCUGGGUCUACGUAAGCGCGAGUUGCUGCGGGAGGUUUUACCCGUCAUCGUUGAAAACCUGCGAUUCCAGAGACUGUUCACUGAAUACCAGGACCAGCUGGAGCUGCUGCGCAACAAAUAGCACACACUGCUACAAACAAACACACAGACUGACACAAAACACACACUCAAACUCAUCAUGAAAUCAGUUUGGUUUGUCCCGGCUCGGCUCGGAUGAACUCGGACUGCUUUUUCUCAACUUUGGAAGCUUGAAACGCUGUUCUGGCUGAAAUCUGAAAAACACAUCCUGGGUGUUUUAGGAGAACUUUACUAACAGCCAGUCCACAGCUUUUCAAGCGCUGGGACUUUUCAGUGCUGUUGCUCACUGGGGAGAAGUGGUGGGUGCUUAGUUUUAUUUUUUUCUAAUCACGAUCUCAGUAUGAACUUUCGUCUUUUGUCUUUUUUUCCUGCUAAAAGUGUUUUUUUCUGACCUAUGACCCUCUCCUGCUCUCCUAAUUAUGAACAUAAAAAGAUUAACUUAAGAGAGGUGCUGACAGAGUUCGCAGGUUGGAUUCCUGCCACGUGUGAAUCCUUCUUAAGUCGGUUUCCCUCCUCGGAGAGAGAGAGCAGAGGUGAGACGCUCAUACAAAUCAGAAUGGAUGUAAAAGAGCAAUAUGCUUGUACCAAAGUGAUGCCUUUAAGUGUAGAAAUAACCGCACGCCUCUAUCUGCAAGGUGAAGGAAAUGAGGGGAAUCCAGACAAAAUGGUUCAACCGGCUUUUUAAAGGCUAAAUCUGCCAACGGGAGAAUUUUUCUGAGCAUAUUGGCUGUCUUUAAAAGUGACAAUGCAAAUGCCAAAAAUGUGAAGUCACAGCGAAGAAGAUAAUCAAAUGUAUAACCCCACUGGAAUUUUGAAAUUCUGAAAUACAAGAUGGACCUCUGGAAAACAAAGUCAACAGGGUUUAAAUGGGUUUAAAUGACGCAUUUUGCCUCAUUUCCACUGCACAUUUCAGCCCUACUCAACUCACUUUUGGUACCAGAACUUUUCUCUUUCAUUUUUCAUUUGGAAACUGCUAAAUUCAAUAAAACUUCCUCAACUGAGCAAAAAGGUUUAACGCUUGCUUCCCCAACCCAAAACUUUUGCUAAUGGAAGCCCAAAUCCGAGUUUGAGUAGAGCUGCACCGUGCAGUGGAAAUGCAGCGUUUGUGUCACUUUUUACGGCUGGUUCUAAAUCACGGAAGCAUUCACACGUCACUCAAAGAGUACUUAGAGCAUUUCAGAUGGUAGAAAAUGUGUUUGUGCACAAACAGGAAGCACAGCAGCCAAUUGUGCAUUGUGACUAAAAAUCAAAUGAGAAAUAAACUAACAUGAACACAAUGCCAGACUUAAUAACAAAGAUUAGGCGAUGCAGGAAUGUGCAUCAGUCGCAUCUUGAACUUCAACAAUGUUAGACAUCAGUACAAGUUGUCUGUCAUUUUUGACUUAAUUUCAUCAAUUGUUACACACAAUGUAAUAAUUUUUUUAAAAACAAGAUGAUCAAACAAGGUUUUAACAUAAUAAGUGGACUUAAUAAGUCCUAUUUGUAUUGUGUUGGGUGAAUAAAUUCAGAACCAAGCUCCUUUAUCAUGACAUCUCAGAUUAUAUAUUUACUGUAUACCACAUUCUCCUGCCUGCAGGUGUUGCUGAAACACUCAGAAAGGUGGGAAAAAAUAAUUAUUUUUCUUCUUAAUACGCACAGGUUUAACUAAAUAUCAACAGUGAAUCCUCUGAUCUGCAGAGACUUGGAACAUUUGACUGUAAACUUGGGCCACAGUCCCAUACAGACACGUUCAUUGUGAAUAUCAGCUGCUCGAGGAAAAUAUGCUUAGGUCAGCCUUCCAUAAA